CAGGAUCUUUCUCGCAAAUUCUACAGAGCCUUCUUCUUCUUCCUUCUUCUUCCUUCUUCUUCCUUCCUCCUUCUUCAUGUUCUUGAAAAAUUCAAUCCCAAUGCAGAUUAGGAUGCAACUGCAAGCUCGUAGGCUUCAGUUAAUUUUCUUAAUUAUAUGUCUAUGCUCUUUUUUCAUCAACGCUCGUCCGUUUCUCAUUGUCAUCUCUCAAGAUGACCUCAAGGAUGCUGCGUCGCCCGACGACUCCUCCGAUUCAGCGAACUACGAAUCCGCCGAGUGGGACGAGUUCGGGGAGCCUGAAUCUCAAAACGCCGCCCAGGAGCUUGACCCCGGUACUUGGCGCCCGAUUUUUGAACCGGAUUCUCCCGCCUCUGACCCCGACGCGCCGGAGGAUCUGUACUACACUGCGUUAGGGAAGAUGAUGACAGCGGUGAGCUCUGGGGACCUGAGGUUGAUGGAGGAUGCGGUAGGGGAUAUUGAUCAAGUUGCGGUGGAGAGUGGGGAUCCGCACGCGCAAUCGGUGUUAGGGUUAUUGUAUGGAAUGGGGAUAAUGAAGGAGACGAAUAAGGCUAAGGCGUUUAUGUAUCAUUAUUUUGCCGCGGAAGGGAAUAAGCAAUCUAAGAUGGCUCUUGCAUAUAGUUACUUCAGGCAAGAAAUGUAUGAAAAAGCAGUCAAGCUUUAUGCUGAGUUAGCAGAGGUAGCCAUUAAUAGUUUAUUAGUUUCCAAGGAUUCUCCAGUAAUUGAACCUGUGAGGAUCCAUAAUGGAGCAGAGGAGAACAAGCAGGCCUUGAGAAAGUCUCGAGGAGAGGAGGACGAGGACUUCCAAAUUUUGGAAUAUCAGGCGCAGAAGGGUAAUGCUGGAGCCAUGUAUAGAAUUGGGCUAUUUUACUACUUUGGACUGAGAGGGUUGAGGCGUGAUCAUGCAAAAGCAUUGAUCUGGUUUGCCAAGGCCGUGGAUAAAGGUGAACCAAAGUCUAUGGAACUACUUGGAGAGAUAUAUGCAAGGGGCGCCGGAGUCGAAAGGGAUUAUACUAAGGCACUUCAAUGGCUAACUCGUGCAUCCAAGCAUCCAUCAUUUUCUGCUUAUAAUGGCAUAGGAUAUUUAUACGUUAAGGGUUAUGGAGUGGAGAAAAACUUUACCAAGGCCAAGGAGUACUUUGAAAAGGCUGCCAAUAACGACGAGUCUGGUGGUCAUUAUAAUCUAGGAGUUAUGUAUCUUAAAGGAAUUGGGGUAAAGAGAGAUGUGAAGAAGGCAUGUACUCAUUUUAUAGUGGCUGCAAAUGCUGGACAACCAAAGGCAUUCUACCAGCUGGCAAAAAUGUUUCAUACUGGUGUUGGGCUCAAGAGGAAUAUUCCUAUGGCUAGUGCUUUAUACAAAUUAGUAGCUGAACGAGGGCCUUGGAGUUCAUUGUCUAGAUGGGCAUUGGAAUCAUAUCUGAAAAGUGAUAUUGGCAAGGCAUUCUUCUUGUACGCAAGAAUGGCUGAGCUAGGAUAUGAGGUGGCACAAAGCAAUGCAGCAUGGAUACUUGACAAAUAUGGAGAACAAAGCAUGUGUCUGGGAGAAUCUGGCUUUUGCACAGAUGCAGAACUACAUCAGAGAGCUCAUUCUCUUUGGUGGCAAGCAUCCGAGCAGGGCAACGAACACGCUGCUUUACUGAUUGGGGAUGCAUAUUACUACGGACGGGGAACCGACGUAGAUUAUGAUCGUGCUGCUGAAGCGUACAUGCAUGCUAAAUCCCAACUAAAUGCACAAGCCAUGUUCAACCUUGGUUACAUGCAUGAACAUGGUCUAGGCCUUCCGUUUGACCUUCACCUAGCCAAGCGUUACUAUGACCAAGCUCUGGAACUUGAUCCAGCUGCCAGGUUGCCAGUCAAGCUGGCCCUAGCAAGCCUGUGGUUAAGGAAGAAUCAUGCCGACAGUUUUCUGGUCCAUGUGAUCGAUUCGUUGCCAGAAGUGUAUCCAAAGAUUGAUGUAUGGGUGGAGGAUGUACUGUUGGAGGAAGGAAAUGCAACAAUUCUAACUCUAUUUGCCUGCCUCCUCACUGUCCUAUAUCUUAGAGAGCGGCAACGGAGGCAUGCAGUUGUUCGGGCUGCUGCUGCUGCUGCUGCUGCUGCUGAGGCUGUGCCACUCCACCCCAAUGACCACGUGGCUGCACAAAAUUAGAUCACUGCCUGUGUUGUCUUUUCUUUUCAAUGAGUUUGAUCACUUUGCAUUCUUCAACAAAAUAGGAGUGCUGUCUUCCACUUGCUUGCUACCAAAAGAUAUCUGAAAGCUGCUUUUCCAAUCAGUUUAAUGAGAAAGCAUAGUUCAACAAAAUGGGAGGCGGGCGUGCGUUCCGUUCCAUCUAUUAAUCUGCUGCUACUAGCCGAGUGCCAAAUAUUCUGUACUGUCUACUUCCCCACGCAUCUUGUUUAUCAAGGUAAUAAGAUUUUAGGCAGCACUGCACCCAUGGAGGAUUUCUUGUACUCGCUUCAUUUGUCUCACUUGCUGAAACCCCAAGUAACUUAUUUCGUUUCCUUGUUAAAACAUCAAUUGAUGGAUCGUCAC